GAACGACUUUUAUUUUGUAGGUUUUUAUUUUGAAACGCCUUACCGGAAGUGUCAUCCAUCAAAAACAAAGGAUGUAAACAAACGUCGCUAUCGGCUUUAAACUGCUACAUGAAAUCGGUUUAUCUGGGUGAUAUGAAGCCGUCUGAGGUGGAAACACAGAAAUGAUUGCCUCGGCGCUGUGAAAGGCAGAGGGGGAAGACGGCGGUCAAGGUUCGCUGGCAGAUGGAGAAUGGAGACCUGGGUCACAUGAUGGGAGAGCCAGUAAGUCUGAACGUGGGUGGCUGUGUUUACAGCACUUCUCUGUCAACAUUGAAGCGUUACCCAGACUCAAUGCUGGGUGCCAUGUUCAGAGGAGACCUCCCCACAGUCAAAGACUCCCACGGAAACUACUUCAUUGACCGGGACGGCCCACUGUUUCGCUACAUCCUCAACUUCCUGCGGACGUCUGAGCUCACGCUGCCGUGUGACUUCAAGGAGCUGGAGCUGCUGCGGAAAGAGGCAGACUUUUACCAGAUUGAGCCCCUGAUCCAGUGCCUGGGAGACCCCAAACCUCUGCUGCCGUACCCCACAGACACUUAUGAGGAGGUGGUGGAGCUAUCCAGCACCAGGAAGCUCUCAAAGUAUUCCAACCCUGUCGCAGUCAUAAUCACCCAGCUCACCAUCACUACCAAGGUUCAUGGGUUCCUGGAGUCCAUCUCCAAAGGUUUCACCAAAUGGAACAAACACAUGAUGGACACAAGAGAUUACCAGGUUUCCUUCACGUUUGGGCCGUGUGACUACCAGCAGGAGGUCAGCUUGCGUGUCCACCUGCUGGAGUUCAUCUCAAAAGCUGGUUUCACCAUAAGAAACACACGGGUUCUUCACAUGAGCGAACGAGCCAACGAGAACACGGUGGAGCAUCACUGGACGUUCUGCAGACGAGUUCAUAAAGUCGACGACUGAUAAACAGGAGGAACCUCAGAGGGUGGCUGCGUCUGCAGACACGGGCGGAUGUUACAGGAUCAUCAGCUGAUACUGAACACCAGGGACAUAAAGGACAGAUUUUAUUUAUUCAUACACGUCUUUGGUUCUGUGUAAUGCAAGGGGUGGAAAUGUAAACUCCUUUCACUAAACAACAU